AUGGCUAAACCAAAUGAAUUAAUGGAUUCUGAUAAACGAGCAAAAAAUUCAGUUAUUCCAUUUAGCAAUAAUGCAGAUGAUUCUGAAGAAGAAAUUGGUUUGGAAGAUCCUGAAGAAAUGGAAGAAGAUGAAGGCCCAAUUUCACAAGUUGAUUAUCUUUCAAAAUGUGCAAUUAGAGAACGUAAAAUGCUUGCGAGAGAGAGAAAACGUGCCCGACUUAAACAGGAAAAACAAAUAUUGGAGCAACAAAAACAACUUCUUGAAGAGUCUAAACUUGAGUGA